AUACGGGGAGUGUCAAUCGUAGAGAAAUUAUGAGCUUCUGGUUCAGAUAAAAUAUAAUUACGGGAGAGAAGAGAGAAAAAGUAUUAAAAUUUCUUAUGGUUGGUGGAUUUGACAACAAAUAAGAAGAUAAGUAAAGAGUGUGCUGGUAAAAUUAAUUAUUUAGGGUAAAAAUAAUGGCGAAUUCGGGUGAUGGUAUUGACGGGGAUGCAACUGCUGGUAUUUCAAACAGUACACAACGUAAUCCAUUAACUUGUGGUGUUUGUCAAGAUUAUUUUAAUGAUCCUUGUCUAUUGACUUGUUUUCAUACUCUGUGUGCCAGAUGUAUCCGCGGACCUCAUUUGGAUUCAAAAGUUACUUGUCCUAUUUGCGGACAAGCGACACAGUUGAAAGAAGGGGCGCAAAUGCCACCGGUUGAUCAAUUGAUAAGGCAAUUAAUUGAAAUAGCCAAUUCGGAAAAUCCAGCAUGUGCUAAUUGCGACAAACGUGAUAAGUCAACUAUGUACUUUUGCACUACUUGCUGUCAAGCAUUAUGUACACACUGCCGUGAGCACACUCACCGCGCAAAAAUGUUUUCAUCACACGAAGUUGUGCAUAUGAGUAAAUGCUCAAAAGAUACUCAAAGACGUUGCCCAUCACACGGGGAUUUAUUUAUCAUGUAUAGUCAAAGUACUAAAUCAAUGUUAUGUGCAACUUGUUUUCGUGAUACACCAGCAGAUGCACGAAUUCAUUGUGUCGACAUUGAUACGGCCUGGCAACAGGCUAAUAAAAAAAUGGAACGCGCUGCCAAUUCACUUUGCGAAUUGCAAGCCGGUGUCCACGACAGUCUAAUGGCAUUGAAGAGCCAAUUGGAAGAAUUGAGACAUAAUUUAGAUUCAGAGAAACGUUCGCUUAAUUCUUACUGUCAGGGCAUGCAGGAAGUUGUAACCAAAACCCAUACAUCUGUAUCUGCUGAAUUGCAACGUCAAUUUGAAACAAAGGAACGUAUGGUCAGAGCCCAAUUACUUAGUCUAGGGUCAGCAAUACCUGUAUUGCAAAUGCACUUAAUGUUGUGCACUGUUUUUACAAGCGGUGCUACUAAGUACCAAUUUCUAGAGCUUGCUCACCCCAUGCUUGAGCGACUUGGACGGGUCGCACAGCUUGGACAUCCGUCCAGACCGCCGGUCUUGGCUGGUCACUUUAAAAUAAAUUAUAGAGUUGAAUUUGCGAGGGCAUUACAACCAUUUUUAGGACAAAUAAAUAGUAAUACGCAACAGCAGCAGCAGCAACAGCAACAGCAUCAGCAACAGAAAGAUUUGUACGAGCACACUCAUCAGAUUUCUAAUGAGCCGCCGCUGCUUCAGAACACAAAAUUAUCAUCUCGAAUAUUGAAAUCAGGACAAGAAAGCGGCCAAUUUUCCAGUCACUGCCGUACAUUUGAUUCACAACUAAAAGAAUUGACUCAACAACUAAUGGCCGUAAAAGAUCGUAUAAGUGAAUUACAUCAUGACGUAACAGUACUGAGACGCGUCAACACACCCCCGAUAAAUUUACGGUAUGAACACGCCGUAAGAGAUUGUCGAUUACUUGAGCAGGAAUUGGAGCAUCACCAAAUAGAAUUAGAACGAUUGAGAAAUAUAUUCGAUGCACUGUGGGAAGAACAGUUGUGUAAAAUCCACAUCGAGAAGGAGAUAUUCCAUUCACAGAUGAAUGAUAUUCUAACAUUGAAAGGAGAGCUCAAACAAUUGCAAUCAGUUUCCCAACAAAUGGAACCCUUCAUAAAAUCAUUUUCUGCUGGAAUUUCCGCUGGUGAAAUGAAUGCUGCCGUUGCCGAUGCUGCUAACCAUCAACAUUUACAAGCACUUUUGGAACAUUUUACAAGGCUGCAGAUGCAGGAACCCCAGCAACAGCAACAACAACAGCAGCAGCAACAGCAGCAACAACAACAGCAGCAACAAUCGAAAGAUUGCCGACAUUCCAAGGGCUCCAAUAUGUCCGAUAACAUUUUUUAUAUAAAAGAUUCAAAAGACGUGCCAAGAUGUAGGACACCUUCGGGAGGGGUCGGCGCACUUUUGGAUUCCGGGGGUAACAUAAUUGUUUACGGAACCGCUAAAUCAUCGGAAGCUAAACGGGGUGUACUGAGUCAAUUGAUUGAAAAAGCGCGAACACGCGAGGAUCGUAAGAAAUCACCGGGGAGAGACAAAGAGGAAGGGGGUAGCAGAGAUCGCAGUCAAGGACGACGAUCACGAAAAUCACCUGACAGUGGUCACAAGCCUAAAACACCACCGGGUCACUCAUCUUCCUCGACUUCUGCCAGUAAAGUACGUUCUAUUUACCGAUCGUUGAAGGGUGGCGCUGGUGACAAUGCAGAGGCGACGGAACAAGAUAAUAAAAAUGGCGAAAGUCAAUCGCAGAAAGAUAACACUGGAGCAACUGAAGAAAGUGAAUACCAACGAAUAUCUGAAGCUUCAACACUUGGUGAGGUCAAAAAGUCACGUGUACAAGCGCAAAUUCAUGCAGCUCCACAAGACGAAUCACAGACAGGAUCAUCAAAAGCUAAUGACCAGCGUCAGAAAAGCGUGAGAGUUUAUCCAGCGAGUGAUUCCGAGGAUGUUUUUUAUUCUGGUGAAAAAACAGCUGAUGGCAGAAGAAAGAGACGAGCAAGUUGCGACAGUCUAAGUACCACGGGAUCGGGGGGUAGUAGAAGAUCAAGUCUCACUGAUGCCGCGUUAAUUGCCCACGGUAAUAAAGAUUCGCGUAAAACGUUGUUAGUGUUAAUAGGACCGACCUCAGCAAAAUCAACGCCAAGUCUCGUUUCAAAACAACGAUCAUGGGAAACAUUUCCGCGACCCAAAAGUAAACGGUCGGCUGCAAGCUCAGCAAUUAUUGCUGCAGCUGAAGCAAGCGCUACUGGUCUUGGUCCUUUGAAAAAGGCUGACAGUUUAGAAGGACAUGAAGAAGCGGUAAGAACUCUUGUCGCCGCGGUACAAGAAACUAGAAACCAGAGGCAUUAUCAUGCUCACCAUCAUCGGCACCAACGUAAAAGUAAAACUAAUUAA